AUGCCCUCUGGUUCCCUCCCAGGGGAGGUGGUGCCCCUAGGAACCCUCCCAGAGGCGGAGGCGUCCUCAAGAACCCUACCAGGGGCCGCGGCGCCCCCUACGAACAUCCUAGGGGCGGACCCUCCGGGGUUCAUCACAGGGGCUGGGCCUCCAAGGUUCAUAACAGGGGCGGGGCCUCAAGGGCUCCUCCCAGGGGCAGCGCCUCCAGGAACGGAGAAGGCACCAGGGACCCUCCCAGGGAAGCCACCGCUCUUGGGAGGGUCCCUGGGGGCUCCGCCUCCCUUGGAAGUGUCCCUGGUGUACCCCGCCACACUUGUAUUUACUCUGGGGCCCCUGCCGCCCCUGAGAGGGUCCCAGAGGUCCCCCGCCGCCCAUGGGAGGGUCCCAGGGGCACCCACCUCCUCUACGCGCGUCCCUGGGCUCCCGCCCUCUCUGGGAGGAUCCCAGGAGCCCCCGCCGCCUCUGGGAAGGUGCCUGGGGCCCCUGCUGCCUCUGAAAAAGUCCCAGGAACACCCCGCCUCCCCUGGGAUGUCCCUGGUGCCCCAGCUUGCCUCUGGAAGGGUCCCCGCCGCAUCUGGGAGGGUCCCAUGA